AUGAAGCUGACGGGGCUAAGCCUCGCCCUUCUAGCCUCAUGGCUAGUCGCGGCUAACUCGCAGCAGCCUGCCCGCUCAAACAUGCGUACUGCCCACGCACAAAUGCAGUCCAAAGCCAGAAUGUCGGCGCUGGCCAGCAGAAGCCGACGAGAACCACCUAGGGACUGCUCCGAUGCACCAAAUGCUGACCUCAAAAGUACUUGUAAAAUGAUCCGCCACAUGGACCAUGUCGCCAGGAGGCGAGUUGCCAGACAAGCACAAUUCGGAAAUUCAAUCAUCGAGGAUACCAGGCGAAAUGGUGCCCCUAACUGGCAGCAACCAAUCCCAUUGCCUCCGAACUCGCGUGGACAUGCUGCGUACCAUCCAUAUGAUUGCAUGACGCUCAUCUGCCUCUGCCCUUUCUUCCGAGGUACCGUGCAAAAUGGGAACUGUAUCUUGGCAAGUGGACAGCCAUUGACGAUGGCCUACAGAAAGGAAUAUCGGAUGAUGACUGAUGAUGAGAGGAAUAGAUGGCACAACGCUUUGAAUGUGUUGAAGAGGAAUGGGGAGUACGACAGAUUGUCGGCUGAGCACUUGUCGGUUGGAAUUGGAUCUGGAGCUCAUUCUGGACCUGGCUUCUUGCCUUGGCAUCGUGAAUACUUGAAGCGUGUGGAAAUCGCUCUUCGACUUGUCGACCCCGGAAUCGCUAUCCCAUACUGGGAUUCGGUUAUGGAUUGGUAUCUUCCUGAUGCUCGGGAUUCGAUUAUGUUCUCGAAUAUGUUUGCGGGUGAAUCCGAUUGGUGGGGCAAUGUGGUCCAAGGACCGUUCGCGUACUGGAGAACACUUGAAGGUCGCGCUACGAUCAACAGGCAACUAGCCCGGAAAGGUCGCCUCUUCGAUGAGCAACAGAUCAACAAUAUUGUUGCCCAAAAUGCCAUCGAAUUCACAUUGGCCUAUACUGCGCCAGUUUGGGGAUGUCCUUACGGUAACAACUAUGGAGCCAUUGAAUAUACGCAUUCGAACAUUCAUCUUUGGAUUGGAGGUGAUAUGGAACCGCCAUCAACUUCUGCUAACGAGCCGAUCUUCUUCAUGCAUCAUUCCUUUGUCGAUUACCUAUGGGAACUCUGGAGACAGCUCAAGCAACCCAGAUGGCUCCGCGAGCAGGCCUACGCCCCGGACCACUACAGCUGCGCCAACCAACAGCACUUCCGCAACGCCAUCAUGAGACCAUUCCCAUACUUGUUGAAUGCUGACGGUCUCCACAAUGGAUACACCGACCAAAUGUAUCGAUAUGCGCCCAGGGCCACAUGCUCUAUUCAGAACCCGUCUUGUGGAUCGCCAUACUUGUUCUGCGACACUCGCGGAUUCCCUCAUUGUGUUGCGAAGAUCAAACCCGGCGGUAACUGCCAAGGUUUCGAAAUGUUCAAUGCCUGCUACCGUGGGCGCUGCUGGUUCGGUCGUUGCCAACAAGUGAUGGCUCAUGCUGCCAAGACGCUGCAUGUUGGUGGAAACCAGACAAUGAUGGUGAUGAGACAACGAGCUCAAGAAGAGAAUGCCAUGGUGAAGAAAGUUAAGCCUACGAUGGCCGCCCCACUCUUCGUCGACUGCUUCAAUCGACAUGAGUGCUGCGAAUCUUGGGAAUUGUUCAAUGGAUGCGACGCCCAGCCAGAAUACAUGUCGGUGUACUGUCAAGCGACGUGUGGCCUCUGUGCGCCCAGCUACAACAAAACUGAUGACUGUACUGAUCGCCAUCCUCAUUGCCCUGCAUUCGAACGGAUGGGACACUGCAAGAAUCAGUAUGCCGCGCCGUGGAUGAUGGAGAAUUGCCGUUCGACAUGUGGUAUGUGUCAGCAUGCAAAAUCUGCGACAUGUCUGCCCCAUGGAAAGCCGGUCCCAAUCCCCGUCACCCCCAAGCUCAUCCAACAAAUCAGCGGUUCCGAUGAGCCGGAAGUCGUCAAAAGACUUGCCGCCGUCCGUAGACGCCGUGUC